AUGACGAAAUCAACAACGUCACGUGAUGUGUCGUCAUCAUCAUCAUCGAUUGUUCAUCCAAAAGAUUUUCACGAAAUCGAAACGAGAGAAAAAUUAACAACAAUAAAUGAAUCCGCUUUUUGUGAAAAUGACAAAGAAAAAAUUUUUCACAACCGUGUCCGUCAUUUAGUUUCGUGCCAAAAUUCGUACGAUAAAGACGGCGACGGCGACGACAAGGACGAGGACGACGACGACGACGACGACGAGAAAGAAAUUCGCGAAAUCAUAGAGAAAAAAAAAACAAACGAAAUGCAAACGCAAAACGACGGAAAAUCGGGAAAUUCGAAAUAUCAAACGAAAUUAACGGUCACGUUAAAAACACCUUUUGUGAAACCGGAAAUGAGGACGCCUUCUAAAUUUUUAACUCCUCCUGCUCCUACUCCUACUCCUCCUCCCCUCGUACUGACAAAUUUAACGAAUCGAACGAGAUACGGAAUCAAACCUGAAUUUUUCAAUUCGAGAUUUCAAACUUUUCCACAUCCCGAAUAUCAUCAUCAUCAUCAUCAUCCGAAUCCGAAUCCGCGAAUUUUUCCGCCUUGUAUCAACGCAACGGAUUGUUUAGUGAAUCAUUUUGCCGGAAUACGAAAUCACGGAAAUAUUAAUAAUAAUAAUAAUAUUAAUAAUAAUAAUUUAUCCGGUUCCUUACCAAGAUUACCCGGCCUGACAUCAACGAAACCGGAUAUGAUCGGUUUGAAUAACAAUUCUUACAUUCCAAUCACAGACUUGGAUAAAGAUUUGGGUGGUGAGGAUGCUGCAUUAUCGGUAUCUGGAACCCAACCGUUAUCGAAACCUGUUAAAAUUCCACCGGUACCUCCUCCCAGGACGUCGUCGUGCCAGUCGUCGAGACCAAUCAUUCCACCGCCUUUUUUAGGAAUCAACAAUAAUAGAAUGUAUAGAAAAGGAAAAUUAUCACGUGCGGGAUCGGAAGAACAACAAUCCGCGGGAGGAAUGGAUCCGACGUUUUACAACAACAACAACAACAACAAUCCGUUGUUGUUAUCUCAACCCAUAGCGACAUCCUCACCUACGAUAUCAUUUCGCGCGACAAAUUACCCUCAGAAUAAUAAUAAUAAUUCGAGCUCUGAUAAUUUAUGGAUGUCGAGAUAUCACAAAUCGAAUUUUAUUUGCGAUCAAUCAUCGAACGAAGAUAUACCGAAGCAAAAUUUGAAAUAUCGCCACGCGGAAGAACCGCAAAAAUUAAAUAAAUCAAUGAGUUCUCCGGCAUUUGGAAAUUUUCGCAGCGUGCGUAGAAAACAAUGCGAAGGUUUCGCAUCGAGCAUGGAAAACGUUUUCGGACGUAAAACAACAACCCAACAGCAGCAGCAGCAGCAGACGACAACACAACCGACGACGGAUUUCGGAUUUGAUUUCGACGUUGAAAAAAGAGAUGAAAAAACUCAUAUUUCGAAAAAUAAUAAUAAUAAUAAUAAUAAUAAUAAUCACAACACGAGUAGUAAUAACGUGAGCAUGAGUUCUUCUUCCGGAUUGGACGUACCCGUUGUUAAAAACGAUAAGAGAAAAGGACGCGUGAGCAUACAGUUUAAGAAAAAAUCACGAGAACGCGAUACCGGAAACAAACAACGAUUGGAUGACGACGACGUGAGCAGCAGCACCAACACCACCAGGGAUAAAGAAAGUAAAAGAGGUGGGAGAGGCGCGGCGGCGACGACGACGAUGACGUCACAUCGAAAACAUCAAACCACCUCAUUUAAAAACGGUGAUAAAAUAAAAAUAAAAAAUAAAAUGGACGAAACGGACGCGGCGACGAUGAGUGACAGAGAUGAGAGAACGAACAGUGUCAGCAGUAGAACGAGUAGUUUGGUCGCGGCAAGUGGCAGCAACAACAACGCGAGAAGAAAAUUUAGCAUAUCGAGCAACAGAACUUAUAUAAACGAUGAUAAAAUCCCGUGGUGCGGAUGCUGGGGAAACGGAUGCGUUUGA